AUGACUGCCGACAGCGACCAAACCCACAAAGAUGCCACCCUCGUCUACAACUACCACCGCAUGGACAUGCCCCUCCUCCUCGCCGACGCAAUCUUCUGCCUCUGCAGCCUCGACACCCGCGUCGCCGCCCACGCCGCCCAGCUCUACCUCGACGGCUUCGCCCCCUACCUCAUCUUCUCCGGCGACUCCGGCAUCCUCACAAAGGGCCUCUUCACCGAGCCCGAGGCCCUCGUCUUCGCCGCCAUCGCCCGCGACAUGGGCGUCCCCGACGACCGCAUCAUCGUCGAGCCCAAGGCCCGCAACACGGGCGAAAACGUCCGCUUCACGCACGCCCUGCUGCGGGAAAGGGGGUUCGCCUUCAAGAGCCUAGUGUUGGUGCAGAAGCCGUACAUGGAGAGGAGGACGUAUGCGACGUUUCGGAAGCAGUGGCCUGAGGAGGGGACGCUCUUUGCUGUGUCGUCGCCGCCGCUGAGCUUUGACGAGUACCCUGAUGCGAACAAUCCGAGGGAUCUUGUCACGAGCAUCAUGGUGGGGGAUUUGGUUCGCAUCAAGGAGUAUCCGGCGCGCGGGUUUCAGAUUGAGCAGGAGAUUCCGGAUGAUGUGUGGGAGGCUGGGCAGAGGCUUGUCAAGGCGGGUUAUGACAAGCAUUUGCCGUGA